AUGGGAACUGUUGAUCCGACAGAAAACCAUUGCCUGAAAGAGAAUCAAGUUUGUAUUAUUCAUGAAAAUGGUCAAAUUACUGGAGAUGUGCUGGUUUAUCGAAAUCCAGGUUUACAUUUUGGGGACAUUCACAUAAUGCAGGCCACACAUGUGGAGGGGCUCGAAUCUUAUGUUGGCCAUGGAAAAUAUGCAAUUUUUUUCCCAUGUGUUGGACCUCGCUCUGUAGCAGAUGAGAUAGCUGGAGGUGAUUUUGAUGGUGACAUGUACUGGGUGUCAAAAAAUCCUCAGGUAGUCAGGCAUAUCUCAUUUUAUUGUGGUAUAUAUAUCUUGAGAAGCAGGUAUAUAUAUCUUGAGAAGCAGAAGAGUAGCAGAAGCAGUUACAAAUUUUGA